GCGCGCACAGUACUGGCAAAGACAGACGACGCAGAAGAAGAAGUUCCAAAAGGCGGAAAUGAAACAUUAUUAAACACUCCGCCACAAGAAAAGCAUUAAAACUGUUAUUACGGAGGACUGGCAUGGUCGUUGCUGAAUUUUGACCAAGCUUUCGUUACUGCACCUUCUGGAGUCUGAUCACCGACUUCACCCACCGCCAGUGCCUGAGUCGCCUGUCUGGUUUCAUUCCAGCCCGGGGCCGCCCCAUCCGUAAACAGCUUCAUCCAUCUUUGUUAAUGGCGGGACGCGGUGGAGGCGCGAGCAGACCUAACGGAGCAACGGCGGCAGCCAACAAGAGCUUCCAGUUCAAGCUUGUGCUGCUGGGGGAGUCAGCAGUGGGCAAGUCCAGCCUGGUGCUGCGCUUUGUCAAAGGCCAGUUCCAUGAAUUCCAAGAGAGCACCAUUGGAGCGGCCUUCCUGACCCAGACGGUCAGCUUGGACGACAUCACGGUCAAGUUUGAGAUAUGGGACACGGCGGGCCAGGAGCGCUACCACAGCCUGGCGCCCAUGUACUACCGAGGCGCUCAGGCCGCCAUCGUGGUCUACGACAUCACCAACGCGGACACGUUUGCGCGCGCCAAAAGCUGGGUGAAGGAGUUGCAGAGACAAGCCAACCCAAACAUCGUGAUCGCUCUGGCCGGCAACAAGGCGGACAUCGCAGACAAGCGAGCGGUGGAGCAUCAGGAGGCACAAGAAUACGCUGAAGAAAACGGGCUCCUCUUCAUGGAAACGUCAGCCAAGACCGCACUCAAUGUCAAUAAUAUUUUUAUGGCUAUUGCCACCAAGCUACCAAAGAACGAGCCCCAGACGGGCGGCGGCCAAGCAGGCCGGACCGGCGCGGGAGUUAAUCUGCACGACACCGCCUCUCAGAGCCGCAGCAGCCGUUGCUGUAGCGGCGCCAUGGGCGGCGGCGGCAACUAGAGCCUUCGUCAGGACAACACUUAAGAAAAGUAACACUGGAGGACAGGCAUCCCUCUCCUCCCCCUUGCCGCCUCUUCAUCUGCUCUAAAACUGAAAUUUAAAAUGCAAUGAUCUGGAUCCUCUUUUUUAAACGACAAGAAUCACAAGCUAAGCGGGAUGAUCCCUUCUGACUGGUCUCCUUCCAUCUAUCUACCUCCCUCCUCAUCUUCAUCACUUCCUAUUUCAAAACUGUCUUCUGAUUAUUAUUUUUUUUUGGUGGAUGAUUUUUGUCUCUUCCCAUCUUUGCGUGGGUAUUGUGUGUAUAUUCUGUAUGUUUAUGUGUAUAUAAAAACAGUAUAUAUAUUUAUAUACACACAUGAAUACUAUAUAUAUUAUAUACUGUUACAUACCAUGUGUAGUAGCUUUCAUCGACUUCCCUUUUCAGCAAUCACCAGAAAAUAGACUUUGUUUCCAGGAACGUCUUAAUGGAGGUUGAUGUCAUCGUCAUUGAUUUAAAUGAGAAUGGUGGAAAUAAGGUGUACACAUGAAAUAUAAUAAAGCUCAUGCAAGAUCA